AUGGAAAUGGAUGAUAAAUUUCACCCAAACAUGGCUUUGCAACAGAUACUGGGGCAGGCUGAGGCGUUUCUUCUGUGCGUGUUUGCGUGCCUUCUUGAAGUCUCCAUCGCCUUCUGCGUUGACCUGAAUGCAGAGAUGGACGAAUGUGCCCGGGUUAAUCGGUUCCCUCGUCUUUCGAGCAAACGAAGAGGCUUUGACUUUGGCUUUGGAUCCCUCAACGACACCGAAUACAUGUGUCGAACAAAAUUCCACAUCAAGAUAAUUCAAUGUGUAAAGGAGCGCUGCGAAGCCACAUUCAGAUCCUCGUCUGGGCCGGAGUUUAUGAAAGUCAUGUGGUCGCACACUCUCAACACCAGACGAUCCGAACGCGCUGCAGCAUACAUCUGCCGACAGCACAAUCUGAGAAUUGAAAACAAUUAA